AUUGAAUAUGACAUGACAACGGAGUAAAUUGUCAUGACCGCGGUGUUUGGUCAUUUCCUUUUUUAGACUGCCUCAAUGUUCGCUUAAAUAUUCUUCAUUUUACCUCGACUUCUUCUCUCUACUCUGCCGCCCAAUUUUCAAGCAGUUUCACAUGUAACUAACAUUACAUGUGAGUCGAAAAUGUGCUCCCAUUUUAAUUUUAACUCAACUGUAGUUCUAAGUCAAUUAGGCUGAUUAGUAUCAAGUGGCUAUCGAACCAUUUGCCUAAAAACCUAAAAACGCUGUUCACACAAUCCGUCUACCAAUUUGAGGAACCUUCAAAAUGGUCAAAACCAAUGUCAUUUGUUAAAGUGAUAUACCUAUCAUUAUCUGAAACUUGGUGAGGGAAACUAUGAUUCUUAUUCGUGGGAAUCGUUUUGUGAGACGUCUUUCACUUUAUCGCUGCAAGUUAUGUAUGACAAUAUACGUGGUGGUAGCAGUUUUCUUCAUCAUAGCCAGUUUUCCGAAUCUUCCGCCUCGGGUCGUUUACACUCAUCCUGAUGAACUUACUGAUAAGGAGCUCUGUAGCCAACCAGGAAGCAAAGUCUGUUGCCCGAAAAGUGAAGAGCUUGAUCUAACCCAAUAUAGCUCAGAUACUCCCACAGAUUUUCUGAACUUGUUAUAUGAAGCUCAGCAUGUUUGUGAGGGGAGUUGGAAACCGCAAUGUGUGUCUUCACAAAAAAUAGCUGUCAUUAUACCCUAUAGGGAACGAGAAAAGCACCUUAAGUUAUUAUUGCCAAGACUACAUGCUUUGUUGCUACGACAAAAUAUGCCGUAUUAUGUUUUUGUGAUUGAGCAGGCUGGAACCACUCCUUUCAAUCGUGGACUACUAUUUAAUGUUGGAGUUUUGCAUGCACUGGAUAUUGAUCCAGAUAUUAAUUGUUUUAUCUUUCAUGAUGUUGAUCAUUUACCUGAGAAAAGUGAAAAUUUUUAUAUUUGUGAUACAGAAUUAAGACAUUUAUCACCUGCUGUUGAUGACUUCCGAUAUCAUCCACCAUUUGUAAACUUUGCAGGAGGUGUUGCUGCUAUGUCUAAAGAGAAUAUUUUCAAGAUCAAUGGAUUUCCAACACGUCAUUGGGGUUGGGGUAGUGAAGAUGAUGAAUUUUCAGCACGUGGUUUAAUUUAUAAUUUAAAAUUAACUAGACCACCAGAAUUUAUUGGACGUUAUAAAACACCAAGACAUAAAAAACAUUCUAUAUCUAUAAAACAUCAAAGUGAAUUUAUUAAAUUUCGUAAUUAUUUACAUGAUGGUUUAUCUAUUUUAAUAAAAAAAAAUUUUUAUCAAACAUGGAAAUUAGAAUCCAUUCAUAAAAAAAUCAAUAAAAUUGUAUUCAAUCAUCAUCAUUAUAAUAAUAUUGAAACAUUUAAAAUUCCUUCAUUUUUUAAGGAAUGUACGCGCCAAAAUAUUUUUAAACAAUUAAAUAUUACUAAUGAUUCUUCUAUUGAAAUUAUUCAUAAUUUAAAACAAAUUUCAUUAGAUAAUAUUCAAUUAUUAAAUUAUUUUUCACGGGAUGAUUUAUUUAUACAUUUUAUAUUUGAUCCAAUAGAUUUAUAUAAACAAUAUAAAAAUUUAAUAAAACCUAAAGGUAAUCAUACUGAUGAAUCUUUAUGGUGGUUUCUACAUUUCUAUGGAUGGAUAUAAUAUAUAUCUUCUAUAGGAUAUAUAUAUAUAUAUAUACUUUUUGCUUGUACCAUAUAUAUUUUGAUUACGUAAUAGAUAAAUCACCUUCAAAAUGGAGUUGUAUUUUGCAGUUAACAACCGAAGCAAACUCUCGAUUUAUAUAUAUGCAGAUGUAGACAUUUUGCUUGUACCAUAUAUAUACGAAAAUCAAUAAGAUGGAAAAUAGUAGUUGGGUAUAUCUUGUACAAAGAUAUUAUUAUUUCUUUAUAUUAUUCUUAUUUUAUUUACAAAUAAUUAACUUUAUGCGUACAUAUUCUUUAUAUCUAUGUAUAUAAUAAUAAUAAUAAUUAUUAUUAUUAUAAUUUUCAAACUGUACACCGGUGGUUUUGUCUAUAUUGAAUAAUUAGCAAAGAAGAAGUUCUAAUGUGAUAUACAAUGUAUGUUAAGUAUAAGUGUAUAUUUAUGUUUAUUCGUUAGAUGACUCCUGUUUUUUCUUCUUUAUUAUUUUGAUGUAAAUUAUAUAUAAAGAAUAGAAUAUAAAUGGUUUGUAAAGUG